ACAGCGCACGCGCGCUCCGAAACAAGAAAAUCAUAAUCAAUUCGGUAAAUACUGAUGACGUGCAUGCCGGUGUACCUCUCGAUCGCUAAACAAGUUUUCCUCGUUGAGUUUCUAUUACUCUAACGAAUAUUAUUUAAGUAGUGUAACUAGAAAGCCAUCAAGAUGUUGCAAGGACUCUUCGGCGACCUCCAGCGGAUGAACAAGCGUCAGUUCAUCUAUCAAUUAUUGAGCUUUGGUAUGAUCGUAUCGUCAGCGCUGAUGAUAUGGAAAGGUCUGAUGGUCGUCACGGGGAGUGAGAGUCCCAUUGUAGUCGUCCUCAGUGGAAGUAUGGAGCCAGCAUUUCACCGUGGUGACUUGCUAUUCCUCACGAAUUACCAGGAUGAACCUGUUCGUGUUGGGGAGAUCGUUGUCUUCAAGGUCGAGGGUCGAGAUAUUCCAAUCGUACACCGAGUACUUAAGCUUCAUGAGAAGGCGGAUGCAAAUAGCACUGUUAAAUUCCUGACAAAAGGUGACAACAACUCCGUCGAUGAUCGAGGGUUGUAUGCUCCAGGUCAGCUGUGGUUAACUCAUAAAGACGUCGUUGGCAGAGCAAGGGGAUUUUUACCUUACGUUGGAAUGGUCACAAUAUUAAUGAAUGAGUACCCCAAACUCAAGUACGCAGUUCUAGCUUGCCUUGGAUUGUAUGUAUUAAUUCACAGAGAGUAAGGGUAGAGUCAAUUGAAACUAGACUUUUCACAAUAAUUUAUCUUUUAUGGCUACUAUUAAGUGCAUUUUUCGUUGAAUAAUAAAAUUAAGAUUUUUAACAAUUA